AUGCCUCCUCCAUCGCAGCUCGCCAUCGCAACCGGCGCCGUCACGAGGCUGCUCAGAGAAGAAGCCUCCUACCACAAGGAGCUAGCUGACCAGGAGGCACAAGUCAAGAAGCUAGAGGAGAGUAUUCAGAAUGGAGGGGGCGACGACGACGGCAACGCCGAGUUUAUGCUGAAGCAGAAUAAAACGGCCGUUGAGCAGACGAAAGCUGUCUUUGGGCCGUUGAAGGACAGGAUUGCUGCUGCGGUGACCAAGUUGGAGGAUCAGAUUGCUUUGGCUGAGGAGGCGGGUGGUUCGGAGCACUUGGAGAGUGCGAAGAGUGUGCUUGCGCAGGCUAAGAGUAAGGCUUGA